CUUCAGAUCUAAUUGGAAAUAGAACCCAACUUUCCAAUAAUUUAUGCCAGCUCUCUUUCUCUCAUCUCUUCGCUAUUUUGGGGGGGCGUUUUCAUCAUAUCAUCCACACAUACCCAAUUAAGAUUGUAGGUUUUUGUAAACCCAGAAACCCUUAUUCUCUCCCCGCCGUCUUACUUCGGCAUAGGUGGAGCUGUCAUGCAGCUUUAUCAUCAUCCAUAUUCUUUGGAUAGCCAAAAGGUGAGACUGGCUUUGGAAGAAAAGGGUAUUGAUUACACAUCAUACCAUGUCAACCCUAUCACAGGCAAGAACAUGGACACCACAUUCUUCAGGAUGAACCCUUCUGCCAAACUUCCUGUUUUUCAGAAUGGUUCUCAAGUAAUAUACAACACAAUAGAGAUAAUCCAGUAUAUUGAGAGAAUUGCAAUUGUCUCAUCUGGUGGUAAUGUCUCACCAAGCAGCAGAGAGGUUGUGGAUUGGAUGAACAAGAUACAAGAAUGGAAUCCUAAGUUCUUCACACUCUUCCAUGUUCCAGAGAAGUAUCGUGUUAUUGUCUCAAAAUUCUUAAGGAGAGUAUUAAUAGCCAGGAUGGCAGAAUGCCCUGAACUAGCAAGUGCCUACCAUUGCAAGCUUAGAGAGGAAUACGAUACAGAAGAGAAGCUAAGGAAUGUGGAGAUUUUGAGACAGAGCGAGCAACAAUUGGUUAGGCUCUUGGACGAAAUGGAAACAAAACUGAACGAGAGCUCGUAUUUGGUAGGGGAAGAGUUUACGAUGGCUGAUGUGAUGUUAGUUCCUCUAUUAGCACGGUUAAAGCUUCUUAAUUUGGAAGAGGAGUACAUCAAAUGUAGGAUUAAUGUUUCCCAGUACUGGAAUGCGGUUCAAGAGAGGCCUAGUUAUAAGAAAACGAUUGGUAAAUACUUCAAUGGAUGGAGGAAGUACAAAACGUUGUUUAAAACAUGGUGCUCGCUUAGGAUCCGAGAUAUCUUGAAGAGAUACUGAUCAAUAUAUAUAUGCUUUCCUUGGUAUAAAGAAUUUUAAGUUGAAUUGUAUAGAGUUAAGGGUUAAACACUACUUUAAAUGUUCUCUUAACUGUGAGAAUUGUACUUCAAAUUGUGUGUGAGUUGGGGGCAAUUAUUAUUACCCUCUCCAUUUUGUUGAAAGAUUUUAGGCCCACACUACCAUUGCUUUUUAUUAUCUUGGAUAGGGGGCUGCUUUUAUUUACUUUGAAUGUGGUAUUUGAAUGUUGUGAAGUAUAAUAUAAGUUUGUGAAUUUAUUUCUUAUAAA